CAGUUUUACAGUUUUACAAAAACAAGCCCUCCGAGCGAGGCUGGCCCAUCCUCACGACCGCUAGUCCUCCUCCUCUUCCCCGGGAGUCCCCCGGUUCUCCCGCCUCUCCCGCGGCCGCGCGGGGUGGGUGUGUCGAUGCGGACCGGAGGAGUUUAGCUGCUGCUCGUGCGCAGAGGAAAAAGAGGAAAAAGUUGAUGAUGAGUUUAGUGUGAGAGCGGCCCGCUUCGAAGCAGGCUAACCGUCCAGGAAUGGCAGUUUGGACCCGAGCAGACAAGAACGGUCAACUGGACCUUCUGCUCCGCGACCGCUGGAUCCGAGUGGCCGCCGAACUCACGCGCGAAACGCUGACUUUAACCGCCGAAGCGGAGGUAACCGGGCAAGGGGCCAAUCACUGGGAGUACUCUCCGGUUGGCCUGCGAAAUGGCAUGUCGAACGGAAACGACCCAGGAACGAGUCCGGGGAACCCUAGCCGCAGUCCUUCCUCGGGUCCAGAACAACUUCAGAACCAGAAGCAUGGAGUUCGGGGUCGCAGUAGCAGCCCGGGGCACGGAGGGGGCACUCGGGGUCAGUACGACGGUAGUUACGGCAUGAACAGCCCUGAAAAGUACCCGAACAACGGCACAAACUCUGAAUUCGGAAGCCCCGGCUCCAGCUACGGUAGUCCCGUGUCAAGCUUCGGGUCGAGACACGGUGACCUUCCCGUCAGCCUGGACGGCUCCUCAGAGGCGGUGCGGAAAGUCCGGGUUGUCAAGCAAGAGUCUGGCGGGCUGGGGAUCAGCAUCAAGGGGGGGCGAGAGAACCGGAUGCCCAUCCUCAUCUCCAAGAUCUUCCCGGGACUCGCCGCGGACCAGAGCCGGGCGCUCCGGGUGGGCGACGCGAUCCUGUCGGUGAACGGGAACGACCUCCGGGAGGCAACGCAUGACAUGGCGGUCCAGGCGCUGAAGAAGGCCGGGAAAGAAGUGACGCUGGAGGUGAAGUACAUCCGGGAGGUGUCCCCACUUUUCAAGAAGCCGUCCCUGGUGGCCGACCUGCCGUGGGACGGCGUCCGGCCGCAGUCGCCUAGCUACAGCGGCAGCGAGGAAUCCGGCUCACCCAAGUACAGCAGCUCCUCCUCAUCCAAAGACAGGAAAGUCAUCAGCCUGAAGAUGUGCUUCAUCAGCAGGAACCUCACCAUGCCAGAUCUGGAGAACAGACUGCUGGAGCUCCAUUCCCCAGACGGCCAGCACACAGUGGUGCUGCGCUGUAAAGACGGGACCACCGCCAGCUCCUGGUUCACUGCCAUCCACACCAACAUAGCCGCGCUGCUGCCACAGACCCUGGCACACAUCAACGCCUACCUGGGGGCUUCGUCUGCAGCCUCCACACACCCUCACCUCAAACACAUCGGCUGGCUGGCUGAACAGGUCCAGCUGGAAGGUGGCCGGCAGCAGCACCGGCCGGUGGUGAUGGCGCUGACGGAGAAGGACAUCCUGCUGUUUGAAUGUGUUCCGUGGAGCAGAGAGUCGUGGUCCGGACCCCUGCUGACACACCCGCUGCUCGCCACCAGACUGGUUCAUUCUGGGGGUGCCCGGGGUUCUCCCUCCCAAGGAUCGGACCUCGUGUUCGCCACUCGGACCGGCACUGGGCGGGGCAUCGAGUCCCACAUCUUCAGAGUGGAGACUCACUGGGAUCUGUCGUCAUGGACGCGAGCUCUGGUGCAGGGGGCGCAUGCUGCUGCCGAGCUCAUCCAGGAAGUCUCUAUCGGCUGCACGUUGAACAGGCAGGAUGUCCGGCUGACGCUGCACUAUGAAAAGGGCUUCACUGUGACCAGGGAGCCGGCCGACCCCCCGGGGGGCGCUGUGCUUUACAGAUACCCCUACGAGAAGCUGAAGAUGUCCGCAGACGACGGAAUUCGCAACCUUUAUCUUGACUUUGGCGGCCCAGAGGGUGAAAUGGUGUUCGACCUCCACUCGGGUCCGAAGCCGGUGGUGUUCGUCCUCCACUCCUUCCUGUCGGCCAAGCUCACUCGCAUGGGCCUUCUGACGUGAAGAACCCAACAGAAGCAGCGCAGACACCAGGAUUUCUUUUUAGAUUUUAUCUACUUUCCCAGUUUUCCCAUUGACAGCUGAAGUUUAACCCAUGAGUCGUUCUGGUGAUAGUUUUUAAAAAUGUGCCUUUCUCUCGGACUCCUGCAGCCGUCUGCGCUGCGAGGCCAAGCAAAGGAAGUGGCACUUAGCUUCAAGUCAUGACUUUGAAAACGAUUACUUCUGUAAGCAAAAAAGAAAAUAGCUGUUAACAGUCUCAUAACAUUCCACAUGGUGAGGUUCCAGCUCAGACAGGAUGCAGCAUAAGGAUGCAGGGAUGCUCUUCUUAGGUUGCAGCAUGUGUCCUGUCAGUGUUAGUGAAAUAUUUCAAAGAAACAAAGGUUUUUAGUCCAGUAGUUAAAACAGCUAAGCACUGAUUGGUAAAUGCUGCAUGUUUUUACUCUGCCUAUCAAUCCAUAACAGCCUUCUAAUGUACUUUGAGCUCUUUUUAUUGUGUGUAUGCGUGGAGGAAAAAUGCAUUUUUAGAGUGGCAGUGCAGUUACCUGAGCAGAGAUUGUGAAUGAAGGAUGAUGUGUGUGUCUGCACAUCAUCCCAAACUACUGUUAUAAUCAGGAUCACCAACUGUGCCUUUUUACAUGUAGAGAAAGAUGCUCUUUAUAAUCUUUCUUUUUUAUUACACAUAAUGAGAUGAUUUAAGCUUCAGACCUGCACAAGCAAUAUUACUCCUGUAGUGGAAAUCAUGUUACUGUGUUUGUUUUUUAUCUGUAUAUCUCCUGACAGCAUGACUCUGACAUUGAGCCCUGUAUCACAUGAUAGUAUGUUACCGCCCCUCUUUCACACCUUCUCCUUCUAUCUGUCCACUUCCUCAUCUCAUUUUAACAACGAUCUCUGGCAGAGGACGGUUUAACAGGCUCGUCCUAAAGUUAGACCUUCACUUGACGUUUUAACAACAGCUCACCUCCUACAAACCCUGCAGCGACUUCGGAUGCAAUGCCUUUCAUCCCGUCUUGGCCUUUUGUUUCCAUCGCCUCAAAAAAGAAAAUUCAAACAACAGAUUUCUUACUUUCAUGUUCACAAAAUCAGAAACCAAUGAGCUGAUUUCACUUCACACCCUGCAACAUUUGCAGAGUAAAAUUAGAAAAUACCCCAUGUUUGGUGUACGCUGACAGUGAAAUGUUUUAGAUUUAAGCCUUUUUAGUGUCUGCAGCAGUUCCAUUAAAACUCACCUGCCAUUAAUGUCACUAAGAAUUUCAGAAAACCAAAGAACGUUUGUGAAAAUGAUCCACCAAUUUUUCAACCUCAUUUUACUGUCUUCAUCCUUACAAGGUUUGAUGGUUAUAACAGUGUGAUUUUCAACUACAGGCAAUGCUAGCUAAGGCUAUAAAACUAGCUUUAGCUAAGGCUAUAAAACUAGCUUUAGCUAAGGCUAUAAAACUAGCUUUAGCUAAGGCUAUAAAACUAGCUUUAGCUAAGGCUAUGAAACUAGCUUUAGCUAAGGCUAUAAAACUAGCUUUCGCUAAGGCUAUAAAACUAGCUUUAGCUAAGGCUAUAAAACUAGCUUUAGCUAAGGCUAUAAAACUAGCUUUCGCUAAGGCUAUAAAACUAGCUUUCGCUAAGGCUAUAAAACUAGCUUUAGCUAAGGCUAUAAAACUAGCUUUAGCUAAGGCUAUAAAACUAGCUUUAGCUAAGGCUAUAAAACUAGCUUUCGCUAAGGCUAUAAAACUAGCUUUAGCUAAGGCUAUAAAACUAGCUUUAGCUAAGGCUAUAAAACUAGCUUUAGCUAAGGCUAUGAAACUAGCUUUAGCUAAGGCUAUAAAACUAGCUUUAGCUAAGGCUAUGAAACUAGCUUUAGCUAAGGCUAUGAAACUAGCUUUAGCUAAGGCUAUAAAACUAGCUUUAGCUAAGGCUAUGAAACUAGCUUUAGCUAAGGCUAUGAAACUAGCUUUAGCUAAGGCUAUAAAACUAGCUUUAGCUAAGGCUAUGAAACUAGCUUUAGCUAAGGC